AAGGCUUCUCCCGGACUUCGCAAACCAUCAGUUUCUUCUCAUCCACAAAAAUAACCUAAACAUAGUAAAGAUGAAUACCUACGUUUGUAUUGUUUUGGUAGCAGCUUUUGCCACUGUAAAUGCUGGACAUAUCGGUAGUUACGGUGGAGAUCACGGAGGUCAUCACGUACAAGAAACGGUCGAAGUAGAAAAACCGGUACCAAUUCCAAUUUAUAAACACGUUCAAGUACCAAUUCCACACGCAUUACCAAUUCCACAACCUAAACCGGUUGCAAUUCCUGUUCCACAACCUUACGCAGUGCAAAUUAAAGUACCACAACCGGUUGCUGUACCAGUUAUUAAGACCAUCACCGUACCAAUUGAAAAACCAGUACUUUUCCCGGUUAUUAAGAGUGUUCCAUACCCUGUAGAAAAACCAGUGCCAAUCAAAGUGGAAAAACAUGUACCAAUUCCAGUACCUAAACCAGUACCCGUUAAAGUACCAGUUUAUAAGACCGUUUAUCAUCAUAGCAAACAUUAGUUUGGUUUUUCUGUGCGACCAAAAAAAAAGGAAAAUGUUAAAGACUGCUGAUUGUUGGUUGUUUUGUUGUGUGCUUCUUUGUUGAUGAU